AUGCAUCAGGAGAAGGAUUCCAGCUUCGCACCUCGGCGCUCGACAGAACUGGACACGAAACCCGACGGCAUCGUUGAGUCGUCAACGGCUAAUACAACCCCAGAGUCGGACGAGUAUCCAUCUGGCAUCAACCUCGUCUUCAUAGUCGUGGCCCUCAUUCUCGCCAUUUUCCUUGCCUCUCUCGAUAUGACCAUCGUCGCUACCGCCAUCCCCAAGAUCACAGACGAAUUUGGCGGCAUUGAAGAUGUCUCCUGGUACGGUUCCGCCUUCUUCAUGGCCAACGGCGGUUUUCAGUCUUCGUGGGGCAAAGCCUACAAGUACUUCCCUCUCAAGUGGACAUUCCUUGCUGCUGUCUUCGUCUUUGAGCUUGGCAGCCUCGUUUGUGGUGCCGCUCCCACCUCAACCGCCCUCAUCAUUGGCCGCGCCAUAGCCGGUCUCGGUGCCGCUGGUCUCGGUACCGGCGCCUACACCAUCAUCGCGUUUGCCGCGCCACCAGAAAAGCGCGCCAUGUACACCGGCUUCGUCGGUGUGUCCUACGGUGUUGCUUCUGUGCUUGGUCCUCUUCUCGGUGGCCUGUUCUCCGAUCACGCGACCUGGCGCUGGUGCUUCUACAUGAAUCUCCCCAUCGGCGCAGUCUCGGUUCUCAUCGUUGUGUUCUUCUUCCACGCCCCCGCCGCUGCUAGGCCUGUCGAAGCUACCUGGCGCGAAAAGAUGCUGCAGAUGGAUCCCAUUGGUGUAGCUCUGGUCAUGGCCGCCAUCAUCUGCUACAUUCUGUGUCUGCAGUAUGCUGGACAGACCGAGGCUUGGAACAGCAGCACGGUAAUCGGUCUGCUCGUCGGGUUUGUUCUUCUGUAUGUGGCAUUCGCCGCGUGGGAAUGCUUCCAAGGCGAGCGCGCCAUGCUCGUCCCGCGCCUGUUAAAGGUUCGCCCAGUCGGUGUCAGCUGUGCCUACACCUUCUUCUUCUCCGGAUCGUACUUCCUCAUCAUCUACUACCUGCCUAUCUAUUUCCAGAGCGUCAAUGGUGUUACUCCAACCAUGUCGGGUGUCAGGAAUCUGCCAUUGAUUAUUGGAGUCACCCUCUCCAUGAUCAUUUCCGGCUUCUUCAUAACUCGCACGGGCAUCGCUACCCCACUCAAGCUUGUUGGCGCCGCUAUCACUGUCAUCGCGACCGGUCUUCUGUACACCUUUGAGACGGACACAGACACGGGCAAGUGGAUUGGGUACCAGCUGUUUGGCGGCAUUGGCUGGGGUAUCGCCUACCAGGUCCCCAUUAUCGUUGCCCAGAGCUAUGCCGACCCUACCGACGUCUCGACUGUGACAGCCAUGGUUCUUUUCUUCAUGAAUCUCGGGGGUUCUUCGUUUGUCUCCGCUGGACAAUGCGCCUUUGUCAACACGAUGCUGCGAUCUUUGCCGAACACCGCACCCAACGUCGACCCUGCAACUGUCGUGGCAACCGGCGCCACAGAAAUUCGACGAGUCUUUUCGACUGAGGAGAUUCCCGGUAUCUUGGAUGCGUACAUGGCUGGAAUCAAGGUCGCCAUUGCGAUCGCUAUUGGUGCUACGGGGCUUGCUCUGCUGACGAGCUCGCUGAGUCGGUGGGAGAAGUUGAAUGCGAAGAAGGCGAAGGAAGCAGGUGCCGCUGCCUGA